UUUGACACUGACUGAAACACGGGACACGCCGGAGAUCUCAGUCAGGACCAGGACUCUGUCUGUAUUUCGUAUCGUUUCGUCGUCGCCCUGUUUCCAGCUCAGUGCCGUAUUUGGUGAUGGCGCAGGAGAAUCUGUCCGUGGUGCUGCACGCUCAGGGAGACCUGAGGCUGGAAAAGCGCCCCGUCCCGGAACCAGGACCUAAUGAUGUUGUGCUGCAGAUGCACUCUGUUGGAAUCUGUGGAUCAGAUGUUCACUACUGGCAGCAUGGUCGAAUUGGAGACUUUGUGGUCACAAAACCAAUGGUGUUGGGGCACGAGGCGGCGGGGCGGGUGGUGAAGGUCGGAUCAGCAGUCCAGCACCUUAAAGUAGGUGACAGAGUGGCCAUUGAGCCUGGUGUGCCCCGCGAGAUGGACGAGUUCUUCAAAAACGGACGAUAUAACUUGUCUCCCACCAUCUUCUUCUGUGCCACACCCCCCGACGAUGGAAACCUGUGCAGAUACUACAAGCACAGUGCCAACUUCUGUUACAAGUUGCCUGAUAAUGUGACAUUUGAGGAGGGAGCUCUGAUUGAGCCUCUGUCUGUGGGGAUCCACGCCUGUCGCAGAGCCGGCGUUACCCUCGGCAGCACCGUGCUAAUCUGUGGUGCAGGACCUAUCGGGUUGGUCUGUUUGCUUGUGGCCAAGGCAAUGGGGGCCUCACAAGUUGUCAUCACCGAUCUGUUUCCAGAGCGUCUAACAAUGGCCAAAGAGCUGGGUGCAGACUUCCAGGUCACAGUGAAGAGAGGAGAUGGACCUCAGCAGCUCGCCAAGAGUGUAGAGGACAUGCUUGGAGCUCAGCCUCAGAUCACUAUUGAAUGCACUGGUGUUGAGAGCAGCAUCCAAACUGCCAUCUAUGCAACACGUUCAGGAGGUGUGGUGGUGCUGGUGGGUCUUGGCUCUGAGAUGGCCACUGUUCCUCUGAUCAAUGCCGCUGUGAGAGAAGUGGACAUCCGAGGAGUCUUCCGCUAUUGUAACACCUGGCCGAUGGCCAUAGCAAUGUUGGCGUCAGGUAAAGUGAAUGUGAAGCCCCUGGUGACCCACCGUUUCCCUCUGGAGCAGGCAGUGCAGGCCUUUGAGACCACGCGUCAGGGUCUUGGGAUAAAGGUCAUGUUAAAGUGUGACCAGAAUGACCAGAACCCCUGAUGUGACCCUGUGCACUGAAAGAAAACAGGCCGAGUGAGAGCGACUCAGCAUGACAGGCAGACUUCCACAAACUGCUGGACAUUGACCCUGAGAAAGAUAACAGAUCUAGUCCAAAGAGACAAACGAAUAACAGCACUGACUGCUCUAUCGCUUCAGUUCAGACAUUUAAUCAACAUCAAAUGGUACGAGUAAUUAUUUUAUGAUGCUCAACUUUGUUAUAUAGCCUGUUUUAAUUUCUUAAUAUGUGAUUAGCAAUUUUUUUGCAACUGGAUUUUAGGAUCAUUUUAAACACUGCCAUAGAGUAAAUAAACUGUUUUAAUAAUAAAAUAUAAAUUACAAAGUG